AUGAACAAUCAGCGGCCGGCCCUCCUCCCCGCUCAGACCCUGCGUUGCCUGCGCUCCUACCUGCGGGUACAGCUGGCCGAGCCGGGCUGGGCGGCCGGGCUGCUGGGCGAAUGCGGGCGGACCGUGGACGGGCUGGAGGCGCUGAGCGUCGCGCACCGUGAGCUGGCGCGGUGUCUGGGCAGCAGCGCCGACUCGGCCGCUCUUCGCCAGCGGCUGCUGCGCGCCCGGUGCUCGAUGAGAGAGCGGAGCGCAGCGACAGGAAUUAAGCUGCUGCUACUACUGAGCAGAAGGCAGAGCCUGGAGCCCGUGGACCAGGAGCAGCUGCAACAUUGGUGGCUGCGGUUCGCCUUCUGCAUGGAACUGUUCCAGCGGGAUCUCGGCCUGGUGCACCGUCUCAGCCAGCUGUUCCCCCAUGACCAUUCCGCUGUCUUCCUGACCAACACGGGGUUGACCUGUGACACUAUAGAGGAGAGCACUGAGCAGGAGGCCAACAGGGAGACAGACUAUGUGGAGCCGAGUCUUGAGGCGCAAAUUGCAGAGAUUGGGAUCAUGCUGUUCGAGGUGGAAACCAGGAUCCAGGCUCCAAACUGGGGCCUGGAAGCCACCGCGGAAGCUUGGGCAGAAGCAAGCUUUGGAGAUGGAAGCAGCACAGAAUCACCAGACAUGCUGACCGAAGAGGAAGCGCAGCAGGGCAAUAGCCGCACUUCAGGAGAUUGCUGCACCAUUGCAUAGAUGCAUGAUUACAUAGCUGCAGUCGCAUAGCCAGGAGAACCCUACAUUAGCAAUUAUUCCAUCUGCUCCAAGUAGAGGUGUGCUGGUCAGCUGCAAGGAAUAUGAGUAGAAACAUAGAAAUGUAGAAAAUAGGUGCAGGAGUAGGCCAUU